AUGCGGGUCCCGAUUUUGUUGAUUCUCGUACUGCUGGUUAUCUACGCUGUCGAUGGUAGCGUCAUACCUGACAGAGCUCUAACUGCAAGCCUGCAGGAUGCUUGGUACGAUGAUGAAUUCAUUAUUGCAAUAUCCAACUUCAAGGAUAAAAAGAAAUCUUCCAGCGGUUCAGUGGAGACUCUGUUAGCUGUGAAGUAUCGGGGCGUUAAAACGAAAUUAGUGCUCUUACUCGAUCGACGAACAAAGCGCGUUAUACUUGAAAGUCUCGAUGAGGCUGGUCAACGCAGCGCAUCACAUGUCAAAGUGGACAGUCUCACAGUAAAUACCCCUCUGAAGAGUCUGAUUAUGCUGGUACAUCAGGCACAGCCUAAUCCUCGUGUGGAUGUGUACGUCGAUUGUACUUACGAGGGUUCUAUACCGUUCAAGACAACUUUCCGCGACAUAGCUGAGAUCGAGGACAACCUAGACGUGGAAGUAUUCAGAGAAAGAAAAUGCAGAACAAAAGUAUAUCAGUCUGCAACCAUCACUGAUGUCCUGAGAAAAGAGCAAUGUCCUGACAAUCUACCCAAGAUGAAGCAGCCUUCAGUAUUCGAUACAGAUACACCGAAAACACAACCUACUGAUUCCGAUGAAGAUUAUCAAAAUAAGCCUACCGAUCAACCUGACGAAUCAAGUGAUGAAAUUAACGGACCGAAUUUACCUGGUCAGAAUAAUAACGGUCUGUCACCUUCUAGUAACUCAAAGUUUCCUUGGGAUCAUAAGAAACCUUCCGAUAAGAAGCAUCACGGUGGUCAUCCGAAUGACAGCAAUCGACCUAAGAAGAAAGAUUCCUCGGGAUAUCCAAAAGACAAAAACAAACCCAAUAAAUAUGAUCCAUACGACUCUUCCGAUCCGUUUUCUCAAUCUGGUCAAACGGACGAUCUUGACUACCCGUAUGGACCUCACCCUCCACAGUCUCCAGCAUCUCGCCCCAAAAAACAUCCUAAAUCUGGUAAACCCAAUCAAUCAGGUUCAAAACCCGAUAAAUCGGAUCCGUACGGCUUUGACAAACAACUUGAUGGAUCGAGUCCAUAUGAUUUUAACAAAAAUCCUGCUCCAACAUCAGACGAGUCUCUUGGAUCAUCUGUUGGAUCUAAUCCUUUCAAUAAUCCUAAACGACCUGGUCGAAGUCCGUAUCACGGUAGUUCGGGUCAGAAUGGAUACCCUUAUCCAAAUCAGACGGAUAUGCCUGAUUCAGAUGAAUUAUCCGGCAAAAGAGUACCCAGAAGAGGCGACAUCGGAAUCCAAAGUCUGGAUGAGAAAGUUUGCCAGACCGAUGAUCAAAUCGUGAAAACCUUGAACGAAUUAAUCAACGCUACCAGGAAACUCGGGAGGGAAUUGGAACUAAGUAGGAUGGAAACCCAACAUCUUCGUCAUUUGAUCGAAAACUGCUCGGCGUGUCGUACACCCAUCGUGACAACACCACCGCCGUCCACGUGCGACCAUAACUCCCCGUGCUACCCCGGCGUCGAUUGCCGUAACACACCGAGCGGACCCCAGUGCGGCCCCUGUCUACGCGGUUACACCGGAAAUGGACGGGUUUGCGUCAAAAUCAAUACCAUCACCUGUCUUCAACGGCCAUGCUUCCAGGGGGUACGAUGUUACGAUGACAGUAAUAAUGGUUACAGGUGCGACAGAUGUCCAAGUGGAUACAUCGGCGAUGGCGAAAGAUGCGACAGGAUGAGAAACCCUUGCGACCGUCACCCUUGUCACCCGGAAGUUAAAUGUUAUCCCACUCACAGUCCACCGUAUUUCAAAUGCGGCUCAUGUCCAUUGGGAUAUGUGGGUAAUGGCACAGCCUGUCUCGAUGCAAAUGAAUGCGAGCUGGCGCGACCCUGUCAUCCCGGAGUACGGUGUAUGAAUCUCCAUCCUGGAUACAGAUGUGACCGUUGCCCGACAGGUUACACGGGGCCGAUGACGGAAGGUGUCGGUGUCGAGAUGGCCAGAGCGCGAAAACAGAUCUGCCAGGACAUAAACGAGUGCGAGACCAACAACGGCGGAUGCGAUCUCUAUUCGGAGUGUAUUAACACGGAGGGAUCCUAUAGAUGUGGUGCUUGCAGAAGUGGUUACGUUGGCAAUCAAACGACAGGAUGUCAUAUUCAGGAAGAUGUAUGCCCGGAUUUGAUAACAGUCUGUGAUGUCAAUGCCUAUUGCAUCGCCAUGUAUGCCAACGAUUUCACAUGCAAAUGUCGUGUUGGUUGGGCCGGAAACGGACAUUCUUGCGGUACCGAUAGCGACAGCGACAGCAUUCCCGACAGGAGUCUUCAUUGCCAUGAUCGUCGUUGUCACGCUGACAAUUGUCCAACGGUACCGAAUAGUGGCCAAGAGGAUGCCGACGAUGAUGGCAUCGGUGACGCAUGUGACGACGACGCCGAUAAUGACGGCAUAUUGAAUCUGACUGAUAACUGUUGGCUCAUUUAUAAUUCAGACCAGCUUGACAGCGAUAGUGACAAGAUCGGUGACGCUUGCGAUAAUUGUCCAACGAAUUGGAAUCCGAAUCAGGAGGACUUUGACGAUGACGGCGAGGGUGACGCGUGCGAUAACGACUUGGAUGACGAUGGUAUCCCCAACACUCAAGACAACUGCAUCAACUUAAAGAAUCCAAAUCAGCGCGACAGCGAUGCGGAUGGCAUCGGUGAUGCCUGCGACAAUUGUCCUGGUAUUAGCAAUCCUGACCAAAAUGAUAUCGACGGCGAUGGCGUCGGGGAUGUUUGCGACACCAAUGCGGAUCGCGACAGGGAUGGUGUUCAGGAUGAUAAGGACAAUUGUCCGGAUGUGGCAAACCCCGGACAGAACGAUGUCGAUCGCGACGGCAUGGGCGACGAGUGUGACGACGACAUCGAUGGAGAUGGUGUGCCCAAUAGAAUCGAUAACUGUCCCUACGUCUACAAUUUGGAUCAGCGUGAUCUUAAUCGCGAUGGUAUUGGCGAUGCAUGCUGGAACGAUAAUGACAACGAUACGGUUAUUAAUAUCCACGACAAUUGUCCAAAUAACAGUUUAGUAUGGGCAACGGAUUUCCGUAAAUAUUUCACAGUCGCUCUCGAUCCGUACGGUACAGCGCAACAAGAUCCCUCAUGGAGAAUUCAUCAUCAAGGUGCUGAAAUUCAACAGCUUCUUAACAGCGAUCCCGGAAUCGCGAUAGGACCGGACGAGCUAAGUAACGUUGACUUCGAAGGAACUUUUUACAUCGAUAACAACGAUGGCGACGACGAUUUCGCAGGCUUCGUCUUUUCCUACCAGGAUAAUCGACAUUUUUAUGUUGUUUACUGGAAGAGAGACGCACAGGUUUACUGGGAAUCAUCCCCAUUCCGCGCUGAAGCAGAUCCCGGGUUUGUAUUAAAGCUCGUUCAGUCCGACACCGGACCGGGAGAGAUGCUCCGCAACAGUCUCUGGCACAAGGAAGACACACCCAAUCAGGUGAGGGUCUUGUGGAAGGAACCGGGGAUCGGCUGGCAGCCAAGAGUGUCAUACAGAUGGCAUCUAUUGCACAGGCCUAAGAUCGGCCUGAUCAGAUUCUGGCUGUAUCAGGGCACACAGCAGAUAAUCGACUCCGGGAAUGUGUUCGACUCGACUCUGCAAGGUGGUAAACUGGGUGUCUAUUGUUUCUCGCAAGAGAUGAUCACCUGGUCGGAUUUACUGUAUAAGUGCACAGAUACCGUGCCUCAAACUGUGUGGGAUCAGUUACCUGAUAAUCUAAAGAGAGAAAUUCAGAUGGAAAUUUCUACCAAGUAUCAACAACAGCAAGUAAUACAACGCAGAAUGAAUUACGACUUCUAAAACAUGCUCUCGAUAAUUUAUUUUAUCGUAACAACGAAUAAAAAAAU